GUGACUCACCGCCAGACAAGCAUUGCCACCUGCACUCAAAGCCUUCGGACCAAGCCGAGCUCGAGGCGUCAAAAGAGCAAGCUAUGGCAGCAGGAGAAGCUGAAAGACUUUCUGCACAAACACCGCUUCGUGGAUGUAUGUGAGCCGAGCACCACAUGGAUGCACUGCUAUGCCAUGUUUGGUGGAGAGACCCUCUACCCCAUCCAUGUCGCUGCCCGCGAGGGCGACCCGGAGAUUCUGCGCUUGCUCCUCCAAGCACGCGCCGACCCGGAGCAGAAAACAUCUUGUGGCCGGACGGCUGAAGCCGUGGCCAGAGACGCAGACGUCUUUGGCUCUCACAAGGAGGUGGUGGACAUGUUGCGGGGGGGUCUCAAAGUCUUAGGGCUGCGUGAGGCCUUGUCGGUAAUGAUUGGUAACAUGAAGUCAGCUCAUCACGAGCUGGAAAAGCAUGACUCGGUUUCACAGAAGACAAGGGCAGGGCCUCAGGGCGGAGCAAUCCUGGCAGCGAUCCGUAAACGCGGAAUGGCAUGUCGCGGGCACGGAAGCUAA